AUGCAUUUUAAGCUUUAUACAAGUUUAGGAGACCGGAUUCGUUUAGUGAAACUAGAGUUGGCUUGCGGCGCGUUAUUCAGAGGGAAAACGCCUGCAAGAAAUUUUAUCAUUUAUUCUCAUAUGAUUGACGUGGACGGCCUCGAUGUGCUUUUCCCCUACGAUUAUGUUUAUCCAGAGCAGGUUCUAUAUAUGCGAGAGUUGAAAAAAACUCUUGAUGCUCAAGGGCAUUGUUUGUUGGAGAUGCCAUCUGGCACUGGGAAAACGGUAACCCUGCUUUCACUGGUUAUAGCUUAUAUGACCCGAUAUCCAGAUCGUUUGGAUAAAUUGGUAUAUUGUUCACGAACAAUUCCUGAGAUUGAGAAAUGUGUUGAAGAGAUGCGCAAUUUAUUUAAAUACUAUGAACAAAUGACUGGGUCUGCUCCUUCAUUUCUUGCGCUGGCGAUGUCUGCGCGAAAAAAUUUGUGCAUUAACGAAUCGGUUGCUUGUUUAAGGCAAGGCUCCGCUGUUGAUGCAGCUUGUCAGAGACUUACGGCGAGUUUUAUGCGAGCUAAACGAAAUUUGUAUCCUGAUUUGCCAGCUUGUCCGUACUUUGAGAAAUUUGACGCACAAAGGGACAUUGGUUUAAACCAUGGGGUUUACAACUUAUCAGAUUUAAAGAAGUGGUCAAGAAGCAAAGGUGUUUGCCCUUAUUUUAUUGCUCGUUAUGCUGUCGACCGAGCUCAAAUUGUAGUUUAUUCGUAUCAUUACAUCUUGGAUCCAAAAAUUGCUGAGUUAGUAUCGAAACAUUUUAGUAGGCGCUCAUGUGUCGUAUUCGACGAGGCUCACAACAUCGAUAACGUUUGUAUUGAAUCUAUGAGCGUUUCACUGACCAAGUCUACAGUGGAUAAGUCCUCCAAAAAACUCGAUCAGUUGGAUGAACAAAUUAAAAAGUGGUUUUUUCUUUCUUCAAGGCUUAAGCAGGAAAAUAGCGAAAGACUACAGACUGAAUAUGAUCGUUUAGUAGAAGGGUUGAAGCGUGUGGAAGAAGAACGAGCUAAUGAUGAAACACUGGCAAGUCCGGUUCUUCCUGAUGUGAUUUUGCAAGAAGCCGUGCCUGGUAUGAUUCGUAAUGCGCAACAUUUCUUAAUAUUUUUGCGGCGUUUAAUUGAGUAUAUCAAGCAUCGUAUGCGAACUACAACUGUUGUGAUAGAAAGUCCUAGCGCUUUCCUCAGAGAUAUCCAAGACAGAAUGGCAAUAGACAGGAAGCCACUGAGGUUUUGCGCGGAACGUCUUGCAUCACUUUUAAAAACACUGGAGUUAACCGAUAUGGCAGAUUACAGCUCUCUGGUCCUAAUAACAAAUUUUGCGACGCUUGUUAGCACCUACGCCAGAGGGUUUACACUGCUAAUUGAACCGUUAGAUGAAAAAAGUGACAUGAUGGGACACAGCUGCACGUUGCACCUUAGUUGUAUGGACGCUUCAAUUGCUAUUCGCCCGGUAUUACAACGGUUCCAGAGCGUUAUUAUAACAUCUGGAACUUUAUCUCCCUUAGACAUGUAUCCGAAAAUCCUCGAUUUUGAGCCGGCAGUAAUGGCAAGCUUGUCAAUGACACUUGCACGACCGUGCGUCUCUCCUUUAGUGGUCACCAAAGGUAAUGAUCAAGUGGAAAUGACAUCGCGCUUUGAGUCUCGAGAGGACCCUGCAGUCAUUCGUAAUUAUGGCAAUUUAGUUCUUGAAGUUGCCUCGAUAGUUCCAGAUGGGAUGGUUGUAUUCUUUACUAGUUAUAUUUUCAUGGAAACUGUUGUAGCUGCUUGGUAUGAUCAGCGUAUGAUUGAUGAACUCUUAAAGUAUAAGUUACUUUUUAUCGAAACAACAGACGCUUUAGAAACCAGCGUUGCACUGGAAAAAUAUAUUGAAGCCUGUGAUUGCGGUCGCGGGGCAGUUCUUUUUUCUGUUGCGAGGGGGAAGGUUUCUGAGGGAAUUGACUUUUCACACCAUCUCGGUCGUGCAGUUGUCAUGUUGGGUAUUCCUUAUGUUUACACAGAAAGUCGGAUUUUGAGAGCUCGUCUCGAGUAUUUAAGGGAUCAGUUUGGCAUAAAGGAGAACGAUUUCUUAACGUUUGAUGCAAUGCGUCAUACUGCACAAUGCAUGGGUCGAGCGAUUCGUGGGAAAAUGGAUUAUGGUUUGAUGAUCUUUGCUGAUAAGCGAUUUGCAAGAAAAGAUAAAAUGGGGAAAUUGCCAAGGUGGAUCCAAGAAUAUUUAAAUGCGGGAAGUACAAAUCUCAGUAUUGAGGAAGCAGUAAUGACAGCGAAAAGGUGGCUUCCACUGAUGGCCCAGUCUUUUACGAAAGAGGACCAGCUUGGAGUAGCUCUUCUUACUCAGGAAAUGCUAAAUGAUGGAGCUCCGUUGGAGCAACGGUUUCAGCAUGUGGUUCAAGAGAUUGAUUGA